AUGGCUGCUGCAGAUACUGAAUUCCCCGUGAACUGGGACGUCAAUAAAGGCCACCUAGUUCAUAGUGACGACCCGGAGAAAAUCUACCGGGAAUAUGCUCAUUUGCGCUCGACAUGCCCGGUGGCUCAUGUGGAUGCACACAGUGGGUAUUGGAUCCUGACGAAAUAUGCCGAUGUUAAGGCUACCGCCUCGGACAAUUCAAAGUUCAUCUCAGCAAAGUGUGCUGUUGUGCCCGCAGAUCCCCGGGGAAUCCGACGACCCCCGCUCAAGUUCGAUGGCGAGCAGCACGCCCCCUACCGCACCGCUGUGGAUCGAACCCUCAAACCUGCUCGUCAUGGUGACAUAUAUGAGGAAUUUGGUGCGCAGUUUUCCGGUUGGGUGGAGAAGGAGUGGCUCAAUCUGGACGAGCCAGACUCAAAGCUACUCUCCAGCGCCAUCACUCCAUUUGUGACGGCGCGCGUUAUUGCAUCCCGCAAAGAUAAACUGCUUGAUCCAGAAGAGGAUCCUGCGUCAAGCCUGCUGGUUGAGAGAGAUCACGAUGGAAAUCCUUUGGAUGAUCACAACUUGGUUGGAUGCAUUCGCCAGAUAUUGAUCGUUGCAAUGGUUGCUCCGAGCAUCAUCAUUUCUUCCAUGACAAACCAUCUGAGCAAGGACAAGGAGCUGCAAAAUAGACUCCGUAAUGACAAGAAGCUUCUACCAGCGGCCAUUGAGGAGUUCAUUCGACUGUAUGUUCCGUACCGCGGCUUCUCCCGAACAGCACUGCACGAAGUCGAGAUUUCAGGGACUAAGGUUCCUCCUGAUGAGCCGAUCACGGUCGUUUAUGCGGCUGCGAACCGCGACCCGGAUCAGUUUCCACAUCCGGAUGAGUUCAUUAUGCACAGAGACAAUAUCUCGACACAUCUUGGAUUCGGUCACGGUAGGCACCGCUGUGCCGGGAUGGUGCUAGCACGCAUGAUGCUGCGAAUCUACCUCGAGACAUUGUUGGAUAAUACGGUCGACUUUGAGGUCGAUGGGGAGAUACAUUAUGCCCGGCUACCAGAGAUUGGCCUGACUACUUGCCCCAUGAAGUUUUAUCCCCGGCCAUAG